AUUUCAACUUCACCAUUUCUCCAAGUGGGUAACGGGGAAUUGGACCUCCCGUCCUGCCACUCCGUUUCCUUCGACACUACACCUUCCUUGAACCUACCUACCUUGUCCACCUUGGUCCCUACCACUCGGGAAUGCCGCCCUGAAUCGCUGUCACUCGCUACGGAUCCGUUCUUCUGAUAAUUUCCUUCUUACCCUUUUCCAACCCCUCCCCGUCACCUCCACUACAUGGAUUCGGUCUCUCUAUUUUCGAACCAGUCUCCGAUCUGAACCCCGUCCGAAUUCGUCCCACAUUCAUUCUCGCUGCUUUCGAUCAUGGACGUGUCUUCGUCGCCCCUUUCUUCCCGAAGGGACGCUGAAGUCAUUGACAUGACCGAGGACUCCGACUCCAACGACGAGCUUGGCGAGGGGAGCAUCCCGUGUUCGCCAUCCCCUUACUUCACCCAGCCUACCCAGGUUGUGCGCCGGACUACCCUCCACCAGACCCAACCAACCCAAAUCAUAUCCCGAACUUCCUUGAUGUCCUCGCUCCCCUUGGCUUCCUCCUCACCACCCAGAUCGGUUAUCGAGGUGCCCGCAUCCUCGCCUUUUCAACCGAAGAAACCGUCCGCCCUGCCAGGGAAACUAGGCCAUGCUAUGGCUCCUCCGGGGACGUUUUUCCGCGCUCCACCUGUUGCUGGGCAAAAGCGGCCCUGUGUCGAGAUCAGCGAUGACGAGGAUGAGAAUGACGAUCAUGGUGCCCCGAGGCCUCAGUAUGCCAGUGACGAUUCAUCGGACAAUGAUGGCCCACCGAGAGGGGAUAUCCAACCCUCGCAAUUCCGACGCCGUGAGCCGACCAAGGUGUUUGAGGCCCGAGUGCCUACUACCGAGCCCAAGCCAAAGAAGGUAGCAUUGGCUGUCAACAAGCUGAUGGACUCGCGACUCCACAGUUUGGCUGGCAAGCUCUUCAAGCAAAUUGGAGGCAAGAGAUCACAUGAGAAGUGUAAGGAGGCCCUGGUCAAGUACGAUCUUGAUUCUAAGAAGGCGGCUAUCUACCUCCUGGACGAGGCUAGACUCGCGGCGUCGCCCGAGUCGGACGUCAUAGAAAUGCCGAAGAGCAUUGCCUCACAAUUCACCUACAAACCUCCCACAUCCACCCCCAAUCCUCCUCGCCGAGGCCGCUUGGUUCAGGGACGUCGACACCGCGACUCCGCCGUCGAGAGCUCGCCUUUCCGGCCCGACCCCUUGUCACAACCGAUCACCCAGGUCGUUGAUCUGGUAAGCGAUGGGGACGAUGAAUUCACCCAGGACAUUCCCUCGCCGCAACCCUCGGAAACGCAGGAUCCUGCACAGCUGGCUUUUGCCCAGCGAGUCUUGAGUUAUCUCAACAACUGCAAUGCAAUUCAGCUGAUGGCAAUCGCCAACAUCAAGGCGGACAAUGCCGAUGUCAUGCUAAAGCACCAACCCUUUUCGACUCUUGAUGACGCUCGCAAUGUGGUUGUGACGAAGAAGACAUCGAGGAAAAAGGCUGCCAAGCUUGCUCUCGGCGAUGACGUCGUCGAUGCUAUCGAGGAGUACGCCCGAGCCUUGGAUGGCAUCGACCAUAUCGUCGGCGUAUGCGAGGAACAAGGAGAAGCCAUCUCCAGAGCGACGUCAAAGUGGAAGGUCGAUUGCACUGGGAGCGACAAGAGCACGAAAACUAUCGAGAAAGAGAGGCCCCUGACUCCAUCUAGUCUGAGCUCUCCAAAACAACUCAAGGACCUACCGAGAGUCGAGCCACAGCUUAUGCAGGGACACUGCACCAUGAAGCCGUACCAACUGUACGGGCUUAACUGGAUGUAUCUCUUGUACGAGAAGAACUUUGGAGCUAUCCUAGCCGACGACAUGGGCCUCGGCAAAACGUGCCAGGUCAUCUCUCUCGUGUGCACCGUCGUCCAAGAGUAUGAGCGCUCUGGCGCGGGGGAGGGGAGCCGACCUUGGCCGAACUUGAUCGUCGUCCCCCCAUCGACAUUGUCCAACUGGGAAGCCGAGUUUGAAAAGUUCGCCCCAGGCCUGAAUGUAAUUUCCUAUUCGGGCCGUCAACAGGAUCGGGACGAAAUUGCCGACGAAAUUUCGGAGAACCCGGCAGAUUACCAUGUCAUCCUGACUACGUAUACUCAGCUGGGUCGCGGAGAAGAUAUCGACAACAUGAAGCGAAUUCGGCCGAUGAUUGCGGUCUUUGAUGAAGGCCACAAGCUGAAGAACCCAAAGACCAAGCUGUAUAGAGACCUCAUCCGGAUCCCAGCUGCCUGGCGAUUGCUGUUGACGGGCACUCCUAUUCAGAACAACCUGAUGGAGAUGGUGGCGCUCCUCCGAUUCAUCGAGCCCAAGUUAUUCCGCGACCACUUCGAGGACCUCGAGGCCCUGUUCAACCAGAAGGUUUCUUUACAGGACGUAUCCAAAGGUGCUCUGUUGUAUUCCGAACGCGUGGUUCGCGCCCGUUCCAUCCUCGAGCCCUUCAUUCUGCAGCGCCGAAAGGAACAGGUUCUCAUGAGCCUCCCACCCAAGACGAACAGGAUCGUGCACUGCGAGCUGGACAAGACACAGCGGAAGAUCUACGAUGAUUACGAGCGUCGCUUCAGGCGAGGAGGCAAGGAGCUGCGACCCCCUGUGCCCGAAGUCAAGGGCACUGAUUCCGAUAGCAACAACGUCUGGAUGCAGCUCCGCAAGUCUGCCAUCCAUGCGCAGCUCUUCAGAAGAUGGUUCACCGACGACAAGGUUGCUGAAAUGGCCAAAAUCCUGAUGCGGAAGGUUGACCAGUCUGUCCUGCAACAGGACAACCUCGGCCAUCUCAUUGCCGAGCUCAAGAAUUGUUCCGACUUCGAGCUCCAUCUCUGGUGCCGCGAUUACAGCUGCAUCAGGAAGUUUGACAUACCAGAGUUGUCGUUUAUGCAGAGCGCCAAGGUCCAGGAACUGUUGAAGUUGGUUCGCGAGUACGAGCAGAACGGCGACAAGGUUCUUGUCUUUACGCGGUUCGCCAAGGUUAUUGAGAUUCUGCGAGAAUGUCUCGCCACCGAAGGCAUCGAAUAUGUUGCCCUGCAGGGGAACACAAAUGUCGCCGACAGGCAGGAACUGAUUGACCAGUUCCAAGACGAGCCGUCUAUCACUGCCUUCCUUCUGACGACGGGCGCUGGCGGAACCGGCAUCAACCUCACUGCCGCAAACAAGGUUAUCGUCUUUGACCAGUCAGACAAUCCCCAGGACGACCUCCAGGCUGAGAAUCGCGCCCAUCGUCUGGGCCAGACCCGCCCCGUCGAAAUCAUCAAGCUCGUCAGCAAAGACACCAUCGAGGAGCUUGUCUAUGCGGCUUGCGAGAAGAAGAUCGAGCUCGCCAACCGGGUCACCGGCUGGAGUGGAGGAAAUGUCGAGAUAACUGCGGGAGAGAUGGAGGACACCAUCCGAAAGGAGUUGAUGGCGAGAGAUAAUAUAACUCCGCCAAGCAGCGACUAAGCGUGUCCAUACAACUUGGAGAUACCAAUGUCGCCUCAUGCGAUGCGACUUGGGCAUCUUUCUCUUUUUACUGGUACCAAUCGACUCAUGCCGGUGUCAGUCAUGAAGCUGUCUCCAGCUGAUGAUUUUCGAGGGUACCCUGGUAGUCUACGGACUGAGUGGUGUGUUUGCAGCCUCCCACCAGGGUUUCUCCACAAGACAGUCUAUCCCGAGGUUCCCGGCUUGAGCUGGGGAGGGAUUUUUGGGACUUUUCCGUGCUGGAAUGGACGAAUACUGGGCUUGCCGUUGCCAUAGAGCUGGGAUAGAUAGGGUUCACAUCGGUUUGUGUUCUUCGCUUCCAAGGUAGAUGUCACCAAGGGAGGAUAUACCCCAAAGAUUAGACAAGACGGUAUUAGUUGUCUCAGGACAAACGAGCGUUAGGAAAUAAAAUGUUGAAUUGGUAAA